AUGUACGCUCAGUACCUACCGCAGAGUUCAUCAGUUUAAUACUCGUAGAGUGAACAGUUUUGUGUUUUGCUAUUUUCGUUCCGGUUAGAUAGUUAAGAUAUUUGUGAUUUUGUAUCUAUUUUUGACUCUUGCUGGUGAAUUUUAAUUAAGUGCGGGAGAAAUUAUGACGUACGAAAGUUCAUAUGACUCGGGAUUGAAACCCUUUAAUCAUGACAAAGAUCGAGGCAAAUGGUCUUCAUAGAAGGAUUUUUUCUUUGCUUGUUUGGGUCAUGCAUUUAAGAUUGAUGCUAUAUUUAUUUUGCCAGCUGUUGUCUUUCGGGAAUUCGGAAUUUACGCUCUUAUACCUCAUUUCAUAACAUUAGCUCUAGUUGUAAUGCCAAUAAUCUUCAUGCAGUCAUUUCUUGGUCAAUUCUCCAGCACCGGAUUUAUUUCUGUAUUCCGAAUAUCACCACUUUUUAAAGGAAUCGGAUACGUUUCAUUGGCCUUAAACUUAUUAACACUAACUUAUUAUAGCCUCUUUGGUGCUAUUCCAUUGUUGUAUUUAUUGUAUUCUAUAAGACCAUCUAUUCCAUGGAGCUGUGAGUCAUCUAAAGAUUGGAUGAAAAUCAAUGAAAAUUAUACGUCAAUUUGUGCUAAAAACUACACCAUCUACGAUUUUGACAGUGUACUUAUUCCAUCGGUCGAGUUUUUUAAAACACACAUGAAUACUUUAAAAUUGAACGAUAGAGAAAGUCCUGAAGGAAGUUUUUCUUGGACCCUGUUAUUUUGUAACUUAAUUAUCUGGGGCAUGGUAGCGGCAAUUUUGAUCAAGCCUAUCGAAUUGAUUGGAAAAUUCAUACGUUACUCUUGUCUAACUGUUAUUGGACUAAUAACUAUUUGUUUCCUUCGUUUUGCCUUUCUACCUGGAGCACUUUUGGGCCUAGAAGAAUUUUUCCAUAUAGAAAAAUUAAGUUAUGCCGUCUAUUGGCCAAUUAUGACUUGCAUGGCUUACUCUAACCUUGGCCCUGGAUGGGGUUCAAUUUUAACAAUGGCCAGCUAUAAUGACUUCAAGACGAACAUUUUUAAGAACACUUGGGUUCUAGGAUUAGCUCAAACAUGUUUGAUGUUGGGUUUGUCAUUUUUAUCAAUAUUCGUGAGAGAUUUUAUGCUUCAGGACGAUCCAAAUCGAUUUUUUUAUCGAAGUUCCGACGCUCAAUGGAUGGAUUUUCUGAUGAUACCAACAGGAUUGACAUUUAUUGAGGUGCCACAUUUUUGGUCGUUACUAUUUUUUGGAUUUCUAAUUUUAGGAAGUUUGAAUCUUUUGAUUGUGCAGUUGUUGUCAGUUUUGACAUCCCUGUUUGACGAACACGAGGUCCUUCGGGGUUAUAGAAGAGAAGUUUGUUUGGGUCUAAUCGGUGUUCUAGCCAUUUCUUCCAUAUACUUCUGUUCAAAUCACGGAAUAACCUUCUUUGAGGCUCUGAUGACUUUUUCAAUCAUGACUCAAAUGGUUCUAAAUUUACUUCUAUUGAUUGUUGUUCUUUGGAUUUAUGGAAGGGAACGAUUUCAGCGUGACUUACAUUUCAUGACGAAUCAGGUGUUAUCAACUUGGAUGAUAAAUAUUGUAAAAUAUGUUGCACCUUUGUUUCUAAUCUUUGGAUGGUUAUGUGGAUUGGUAGUGUUUUCAUUCAUUUCAUUCCAUAGUCGAACUUGGCUUAUGUUGAUGGCCAUACUUGUGAUAAGUUUGUUGCCAUGGUGUUUUAUUCCUGGAUAUUGUAUAUUUAAAAUAAUGCAAACAACUGGAAUUUUGGGAGUACGAUUGAGACGUGGUAUUAAGCCAAACGAUUGGUAUCCGGUGGAUCCGGUGGAUAGACAAAAGUAUGAAGAGACUUUUAAUAAUUCAGAUAUGUCUCAUCAAUUGGCAAUAGAGCCAGAUGUAUUGUAAUUAAUGUACCUACAGAAUUUAAUUUAUUUUUUUUUUUCAAUAAAUACAAUAGC